CUCCAGGGUCCCCACAACUCAUCCUCAUUCUCAAGCCAGUGGCUCCUUGGUCUAUACCGACCGAUUCUUGCAUUGUCCAAACCCUUUACCGUGGCCGUAAGGCCUUGCCAACAUGCCUUAUCCAAACACAAAGACCAUUUACGUGGGCUCCUUCUACGAGUUCACCGAUCUUGGGAUUGAUGAGUUUACUUGCAAUUUUCGCGAUUCUCACGACGACCCUGAUCGGGCACCCUUUCUGUCCUACGACAGAGACCUGCGAUGUUUCGUCGCCGAAGUCGACAAGGACGAUGAUGAGACUCUCGCAAACCUCUGCACUCGUCUUGAGGGUGCCAUCGAGGCUAGCUCCAAGAUGUCCUUGUACGAUGAAAUCCGUUGUAAGCCCAUCGAUGGUAUUUGGGUCGACGUUGGGAUGAACAACUCAGAACCCGACGGUGGCGAUCUCAUUGAUCACCUUGAUGAGGCUGAAGACGACGAGAUCGGCAAUAGCCACAAUGUCCCUGACAGCAUUGCUCAUCUCACAUCAUACUGGAAACCUCGCGGCGGAGACAUCACUAUCCUGCCCCAAAUUUUGGCAUCUCAACUCACUGAGCACACAAAUUGUCAGCUGUUCAGUGAGGUGGAAACAAAGAGAUGUCGAAUCCUUGGUGCCAACCAUGCACUGGCUAAGGACAUGCUCCAAAACAUCGAGCCCCUCCUUGAGGUUUUCAAAGCACAACAAAAUACCACCUCCAUUCCUGCUAAUGGCAACAUCCUGAUACUGCCACCUACUGGUAGCACCACUAUCCUCCAAUACCCUCGGAUCACAGCUCCCCAUCCAGCCUUCAAACGUGUCAUCACCCAUGUCCAUGAUCACGAUGCCCUUCCCACCAAAGCCCUUGGAGAGGUGCGUCAGUAUGACCAUCAAGGCAAUUACGUUACGCCUGACAAUCUCCUAACCAUCGGAAUCUCUCCCACCAACACAAUUCGCAGCUCUCGUGUUUGGGAUGAUUACAUCUAUCAGACCUUUGGGGAUCGCAACAACUUGCACCCUCGCUUGACCCAGCCUCCACCGAGCUCUAUUUCUAGCACAGGCAUUCUCCACAAUCAAACUCAGGUCAGAAUCGCUGCCUGGACCGAUGAGGUGGUCAUGGGAGCGGAUCCUGACGUCCCCCCGCCCACCCCGAAAGAGCCUGUUGUCCUGCCUCGAAGAAGAGUCAUUGCUGAAGCAGACAGCGAGAGUGAUACCGAGUCUGAACCACAGGCUGAGACCAAAAACCAGAGCACCAUCCCACAAUCACAAGGCCAAAGCCCAAGUGAAUGCUUGCUUACAUCUCCCUCCUCUCCGCUUCCCUCAGCUGAUUUUUCACCUGCGAUUCCAGGAGCAGGCAUCAUCAUCACCCCGUCGAUCUUGCCCGCCUCGACCACUUAUCAGUCAGUAGAUGUUGAACCAGAUGUUGGCUUCGAAAUUCCCGAGGACUUUGGCUUGCUGUCAAGCCCUUUCAAUCCAACUCCAGACCCAAUCGAGCAUGGAACAACAUCCAAGCUAGGAAAUUAUUCAGCCGAUCAAGGUGUCCAGACACUAAUUCAACUUGACGCGGAAUCACCAGAACCACCAUCCUAUCCCCGAGGAAGGGGCUAUAAUGCAAAACAAGGCCGCUCUACUACUCAGAGAGGUGCUUCCACUGCACAACGAGGCGGUCACAGAGGCGGCUCUACUGCAUCACGAGGUGCUCACGGAGGUGGCUUCGGUUUCCAGAGAGGCGGCUCUGCUUCCCAGAGAGGUAGUCAGAAGGGAGGUUCUCCUGGCAAGAGAGGCGACCCUGCUACUCAGAGAGGUGGUUUUACUACACAACGAGGUGCUCAGAAGGGUGGCUCUCCUGGCAAGAAAGGCGGUUCCACGGCUCCCCAAGGUCAGAGAGGUGGCUCUGUUUCUCAUAGAGGCCGAAGCGCUCCUAGAGGUCCGGUGUCUUAUGCUACAGCUUUGUCUCACGGACAUAAACAGCUGUCGACUAGUGACAUUCUACCCACUGGCUCUGUGAACCCUGGUCCGAGAGAUAGUCAAGCGAGAGAAAGUCCUUUGAGCCAUACAGCCACAUCAACAACAGAGGUCUCCCUCUUCGAUCUCUCUCAGUCACCAGAGGACCAAGUUCCAGGACAAGAUACCAACUAUCGCCCAACUCUCUUGCCCGCAGUUCCUCCAGGCUUCGAGAACUCUAAUCAUUCUCGAACCUUUGGAGUUGUAACGCAGAGAGACGGUACCCAAGAUUUAUCCACGAGACUCGGAAGUACCUCUAUCCAUUCUGCCAGUGGGUCAAGUGCCACAAAUUCCGCAACGUCGAAUGGUGUGCGAUCUCUACGCUUCAGCGAACAAGGCGCGAACUAUUCUCAACCCAACCUUCCACAGAAAAACAUCCACAUGCUCAGAGAGCAGAGGGUGAGAGAGUUACAACAAGAUCAAAACAAGAAGGCCCCCGACACGCCUCCGCAGAUGUUGCGUUCGACUAUGAACCAACAAGCAGGGAAACCUAAAAAAGGACAUCAGAGAGGUGACAGUAACCAUUCACAGAUGAAGCCGACAACUGAGAAGCCUACAGCCAAACCCGAGUCCGAUCCGUCUCGAGCGGCCGGUAAUAACGCAAUGAGCGCUGCUAAGCUUGCUCAGAUCAGGAAAAACCCUCUGCUAGCAGAGCUGCAUGCCGAUACCCUUGAGGCGAGGUUGAGGGAAGAGCAGUGCCGCAAGCUCAUUCCUCAGCUCGAGAGAUUGUUUGAGAUUUCACGGGCUUUCAAUGGAGAGCUCUCCUUUCAGGCUCAACUAGGCCAGGUACUCGUCACAUAUGGCUCCAUGCUUUCGAGUGAGAAGCUCAUCGAUCCGGAAAUGUGGUCUAAGAUGUUUGCCCCUCAGCAAUCGGGCAAUAAUAUGGUACAAUCCUCUUUUACACCAAUUCUCACUACUAACGGGGCCGACGUCGAUCGCGCGUUGGAGAUGAAGAUGCUGGAUGGCAAAUCCAAAAUCAAAGCAUUCGGUGCAAAACCCAUCUCCUAUUCAGUCAGCUAUCGUUUCUCGUGCCAAAGUCGCAGCAAUGAUGACUUUUGGAUUGUCGUCGAUCAGAACGGAAAUUACGAGCUUGUACGUGAAGCUGUUACAACGGGUAUGGUCAACGUUCACUGCCCGAACCAUAUCUGGGAUGCUUCAUUCGUGCUCUCAGGCCAUCUGAAGUGGUUGAAUCCGCCACCGGCUCUCCAAAACAGUAUCUCUGCAUUUGUGGAAUCUCUAUACGUCCUUCCAGGUCGGGAAAAGUUCAUGAUGGUUUUCCGUCAGCCUAGCGAUCACGAAAUGGAGAUCCGAAACAUGGUGGUCAAGAGAACUAGCAAGCAUGGCUGCAACAUGCCCAAGUGCAACAUGCUGCAGCUGCAGGUCACAGAAACCAAGACCCUCUUAUUCAAAAAGCAUCCUGAGGAUCUAAACCUCUGGCAGGCCUAUGAAAGUACGACCGAUGAUCACCAGAGACUGAUGGACACUGGACGUGUUCAUUAUGAAAUUUCUGUGAUCCAUUCUGACAUCAGUAAAGCCUUGGCCCAGAACGUCGACUUGCAGUUUGGACGUCUCACCGACGAACAGACUACAGGCAAAUCGCUCGUCAAAUCGCACCGAGACUCGAUCUGUUCCAUGCUUGACAUUGUCGUUCGCAUGGUGUCUAAGCUCGAUUUCAUGGGUCUGUCCAACAUUGGCACUCAGCAACGUAACACCGCGGCUGAGGCCGCUCACAGACUCAAAUUAACACAAGCCGCUGCGUCACGAGGAGGUCCCCCCGCCCCAAGGUCAAUGCCUGUGCAGACCAAAGACUCAUCGAGCUUGGCGCACGAUGACCAUGGUCCAGCGGCAAUCGAGGUGGUUCCUGGCAUCAGGACAAACACUCGGGCUGAGAUUUUCUCGAAUCCUGAUGGAUCCAAGUACAGAUUAGGUCUGGGAGGUGCCAAAAUCCCCGUCUUUACCAACCAGGAUAUGUCUGCUUUCUCUAAUACCGAAGAUUCCAUGGCACCAGAUGACAGUGUGAGCCAGGUGGGCGGAGCGUAUCGAAAGCCUCAAAACCCAGGUAUACAUGCAACCCCGUCCGUUGUUACAGACAUUGGUCCAUCUCGCCAGCUCUCCAGUGUCAACAAUCAGACGAGCGACAAAGACGAGCCCACUUUCUGGUAAUGGGUUUAAUUUGGAGAUAUGACAGGGCUCUUGAAUUCAUCAACAGCCAGAUUUCUAUCAUGUGGUGAACAUUGCAAGGACAACGAACGGGUCGAGAGAGAGUGAACGGUUC